AAUCCAUGUCGAAAAAACACCUGAAGGGGCCAUUCACAGUGUGGAUUUUUCCCCAUGAACUUUGGCGCGGACACCGUGGCUGCUGUGUGUUUUCUGCCCUCCAUUGUUUUCUAUGCUGAAGUUCUGUGCCCGAGCUCCGUGCUACAAGAUGACGCAAUGGAACCAGUUGCAACAGCUGGAUACCAGAUACCUGGAGCAGCUGCACCAGCUGUACAGCGACAGCUUUCCUAUGGAGCUGCGCCAGUUCCUCGCACCAUGGAUUGAGAGCCAAGAUUGGGGAUUUGCUGCCAGCAAGGAAUCUCAUGCCACCCUGGUCUUUCACAAUCUUCUGGGAGAAAUAGAUCAGCAGUACAGUCGCUUUCUGCAGGAGUCAAAUGUCCUCUACCAGCACAACCUGAGGAGGAUAAAGCAGUUUCUGCAGAGCCGCUACCUGGAAAAGCCAAUGGAAAUUGCACGUAUUGUGGCCAGAUGCUUGUGGGAAGAGGGGAGGCUUCUGCAGACUGCCGCCGCUGCUGCUCAGCAAGGAGGUCCAGCGUCUCACCCUACUGCAACUGUCGUGACAGAAAAGCAGCAGAUGUUGGAGCAGCACCUGCAGGAUGUGAGGAAGAAGGUCCAGGAUCUGGAACAGAAAAUGAAAGUUGUAGAGAAUCUUCAGGAUGACUUUGAUUUCAACUAUAAGACUUUAAAAAGCCAAAGUGACCUUUCAGAUCUGAAUGGUAACAGCCAGUCCGUGACGCGGCAAAAGAUGGCACAGCUGGAACAGAUGUUGACUGCAUUGGACCAGUUGCGAAGGACUAUAAUCAGUGACCUGGCUGGUCUCCUGUCUGCCAUGGAAUAUGUCCAGAAGACUUUAACAGACGAGGAGCUGGCAGACUGGAAAAGGAGACAACAGAUUGCAUGCAUUGGUGGACCUCCAAAUAUUUGUCUUGAUCGACUGGAGAACUGGAUUACGUCUCUGGCCGAGUCUCAGUUGCAGACCCGGCAGCAGAUAAAGAAGCUUGAGGAAUUGCAGCAAAAAGUUUCCUACAAGGGAGACCCCAUCAUUCAGCACCGUCCCAUGCUAGAGGAAAGGAUUGUGGAAUUAUUUAGAAAUCUCAUGAAGAGUGCUUUUGUAGUGGAAAGACAGCCUUGCAUGCCAAUGCACCCAGACCGGCCCUUGGUAAUCAAAACGGGAGUACAGUUCACUACCAAAGUCAGGCUUCUUGUCAAGUUUCCUGAACUUAAUUACCAGCUGAAAAUCAAAGUCUGCAUUGAUAAGGAUUCUGGGGAUGUUGCUGCACUUAGAGGUUCUCGCAAAUUCAACAUUCUUGGUACAAACACAAAGGUGAUGAACAUGGAGGAAUCUAACAAUGGCAGCCUAUCUGCUGAAUUCAAACAUUUGACUUUAAGAGAGCAGCGAUGUGGCAAUGGUGGACGAGCGAACUGUGAUGCAUCACUUAUUGUCACUGAAGAACUUCACUUAAUCACAUUUGAAACUGAAGUUUAUCACCAAGGAUUAAAAAUCGAUCUUGAGACCCAUUCAUUGCCUGUCGUUGUGAUAUCAAACAUAUGUCAAAUGCCUAAUGCCUGGGCAUCUAUUCUGUGGUACAACAUGCUAACCAACAACCCAAAGAAUGUUAACUUUUUCACUAAACCUCCCAUUGGUACAUGGGAUCAGGUGGCAGAAGUUCUAAGCUGGCAAUUCUCCUCCACCACAAAACGAGGCCUCAGCAUUGAGCAAUUAACCACAUUGGCUGAGAAACUUCUGGGUCCUGGAGUUAACUAUUCAGGCUGCCAAAUCACCUGGGCCAAGUUCUGCAAAGAAAAUAUGGCUGGUAAAGGUUUCUCAUUCUGGGUAUGGCUGGAUAAUAUCAUUGACCUUGUAAAGAAGUACAUACUUGCACUUUGGAAUGAAGGGUAUAUUAUGGGUUUUAUCAGCAAAGAGCGUGAAAGAGCAAUUCUGAGCACCAAGCCUCCUGGGACAUUCCUGCUGAGAUUCAGUGAGAGCAGCAAAGAGGGUGGAAUAACCUUUACCUGGGUGGAGAAAGACAUCAACGGAAAAACACAGAUUCAGUCUGUAGAACCAUAUACUAAACAGCAACUCAACAGUAUGUCAUUUGCUGAAAUCCUCAUGGGAUACAAAAUCAUGGAUGCCACCAACAUCUUGGUGUCCCCUCUCGUUUACCUGUACCCUGACAUCCCCAAGGAAGAAGCCUUUAGCAAGUACUGUCGUCCAGAGAGCCAGGAACACCCUGAGCCCAGUGACCCAGGUAGCACUGCCCCAUAUCUGAAGACAAAGUUUAUAUGUGUUACACCGACAACCUGUAGUAACACUAUCGACCUCCCUAUGUCCCCUCGUACCUUGGACUCUUUGAUGCAGUUUCCAGGAGAUGGAUCUGAGGCCGGUACAGGGAAUCCAUUUGAGAGUGUAACAUUCGACAUGGAGCUGGCACCUGAAUGUGCAUCUUCCCCAAUGUGAUUUUCUUUGUCUACUUGAGCUGUAUGACACAGUGCCUCUGCCUGGGUAUAUACACCUUGACUGUGCUACCCUUCUCUUGGAUGUUUGGCAAAUGCCUGCUCUUCAAUUCUGAUUGGUUAUGGAGCCUGCGUUUUAUACGCACCAAUAUAUAUGGACACGCUGUAACUAUUAAGAAAUGAACUGUCGAUCAGUUUAAUUUUGUCUUUUGCUCUCUAUAUACCUGUCUUUUUGCCAAAUGGACUGUUACGGAUGAU